AUGGCCGAACUUUCGGAUAUUGAAGAGGGAUGCUCGGGUGGUGCGUCCGAACAGAAUGGAAAAGAGUAUCAAGCAAAGAAGGAUGGUGGUGAUCACGCUUGGAAUGGAAGGGGAAAAGGAAAAGGACUUCAACGCCAAAGUCAUGAAUUCCAGCCGCAGUACGAAAACUCGCCUGUCUCGAUAACGAUAAUUCCACCUUCUCUCCCGCCUUCAUCGUCAGCAUCGUCAGCAUCGUCAUCUUCUUCUCGAACAAUCACUCCUCCUGAUAGUGCCCUUUCACCUCAGCGAGUCUCUUCCUCUGGGACAGUGCAGAUUGCUUCUCCUGAGGCGUCCUCCGUCACAGCUCGGUCCCAGACUGAAAGUUCUGCUUGGUCGCCGGUUUCUGGGCCAUCUCGCAUUUACGGCAUAACCUCUGAAACUGCCUCGUCGUCAACUAUCGCCGGCCACCAUUAUUACGGCGAUGGUCAUCAAUAUCGGCGGAAUCAGCCAUAUAUACGGGAGGGCGUUCCGCAGGCAGGAAGGCAGCCUUUUUGGUGGAUGGAUUCUUCGGCUGUUGAUUUGCCUCGACAUGGCGAUGAUGAGCGAGAUUGUUUACUGAACGAUGCGACAAGAGGGGGGAAGGAAGUGAAGAUGCAAGGGGUUCUUCAUACAGUGAUGCACGGAGUUGUCUUGGUGCUGCAGUGCGGCGUUUCCUUGGGAGUGUUGACACUUUUUGCGUGGAUAGCUUUGUGGAAAGACGAAGAUGGGGGUUUGGUUGGCAUACCUGGUAGCAUGCUGCGCAGCUUGCCGUCUCUCACGACGACCUUUGUUCUCUUCAUCUCGUUCGUCACGCUUCUCAUCCACGAGAUAUACGUUCUCUCUCCAGUUGUGCUGCUCUACCUCCAGGCGGCAAUUCUUGCACUGACUACCGUUUCUGCUACGACCAUGUGGAUGAAUUGUGUCCAAGAAGACAAUGUGAUGUUGAAGUGCGCCCUGAUAAGCUGCAGUAUCAUGUUCUGGGGAAUGUCUGGGCUUGCGUUCCUAAGAGCAGUGGUGGUGUGGAAAGUUACGAGUUUGGAUGAAGAUGAAGCGUCGGAAUAG